UACUGUUCUACUGUUCUGUGAUUUCUUUUCCACACAAAAUUUCUUAUCCAAUUCCACUAUUCCAUUUUCCAUUACUUUAUACUUACUAGUUACUACUUACUACUCACUACUCGGUAACAACCAAUAGUUCUUACCGUCUAAGUCAAACUAGUAGUGAAAAUUGUUUAUAAAAUAAAUACGUCAACCAUUUUAGAAAUUGUGUCCAACAUAAAAGCGUGGCUAGCCCAAGUAAAAGAAGGAGGAUGAGCAGUUCCGAAGAAGUUUCUUGGAUCUCAUGGUUCUGUGGUCUACGAGGAAAUGAAUUUUUCUGUGAAGUCGAUGAAGAUUACAUUCAAGACAAAUUCAAUUUGACAGGACUCAAUGAACAAGUGCCUCAUUAUAGGCAAGCUUUGGAUAUGAUUUUGGAUCUUGAACCAGAUGAUGAUUUGGAUGACAACCCAAAUCAUUCAGACUUAAUUGAACAGGCUGCUGAGAUGUUAUAUGGUUUGAUACAUGCUCGUUACAUUUUGACAAACCGUGGUAUUGCUCAAAUGAUUGAGAAAUAUCAAACUGGUGAUUUUGGACACUGCCCGCGAGUAUAUUGUGAAAAUUCACCAAUGCUCCCAAUAGGUUUGUCAGAUGUUCCAGGAGAAGCAAUGGUUAAGCUUUACUGUCCUAAAUGUAUGGAUGUGUAUACACCAAAAUCAUCUCGUCAUCAUCACACUGAUGGUGCUUAUUUUGGUACAGGUUUUCCACAUAUGUUGUUUAUGGUACAUCCAGAAUACAGACCACCAAGGCCUAGCAAUCAAUUUGUGCCUAGACUUUAUGGUUUUAAGAUACAUGGCCUGGCUUAUCAAAUACAACAGCAGGCAGCAGCUAAUGUCAAAACACCACUCAGACUGACCAGCUUUAAUGGAAAACGUUAAUAUGUAUUAAUGGAAAAUUUAUCCACAUUUUUAUUAUUCUUAAAUAUUACUAGAUUAACAAAAACAAGAUUUAAUUUCAGUUAAAAUUUUCACCAGCUGUUAGCUGUACAUUAUAUAUUAAUAAAUUGAUGUAAUUUGUUCAUCACAAUUGUAAAUAGUAAUUCUUUUUGCAAUUCCAAUUCAUGUUGUAUACCUAUGUUAGAGAACAAUCUAAAUUUAUGUUAGGAAUUAGGACAUCUGGAUUUUUUGGCGUUUUAAAAUUAUAUUCUUUUUGACCAAAUUUGAAAAUAUUAUGUGGCUUUUUUUUAUUCUAUCAUAACUGCAAUAAAUAAAAUUCUAUAGUUUUGUGCCAAAAGAAAGUUCAGUACAUUUUGGAUGAAUCUCGAUACAACUGAACAGUAAAUGAGUUAAAGUCCAUAGUAAUGCAAUAUUUGAAAUAUUUAUUCCAGUAAAUAAAAUGAUUGUAUAAGUUUGUCAUGAUAAAUAUUUAUAUAAUAAUAAAUCAAUCUAGCUUGCAUUAAUACAUACAAAAUGAUCUAUUGUAAAAAGUUUGAAAUUAAAAAAAUGUUUUAAAAGUAUUAA